CCAUCCCCCAUCAGGUUUGUCGACAAUGCCACACCCACUGGAAUCAUUACCUUAUAAGCGGAAAUUGGGAAUGUGUUAAUGCACCGUGUAGUCAGACGACCUUGAGUCUGCUAUCGGGUUGUGAUCGUCUCGGGGGAACUUGGAGUUUCCUCAGCGGGCGACAGAGGACAGAGCCGCAGUACGAAUGGGCAACGCCAACUCCUGCAUCCCCAGGAGGUUGAAGCGGUCGAAGAAGAGGAGAAAGCGAUUGAGAGAGAAUCGCGAACAAGUACAGGAACAGAUUUAUAGCAAGUUGCCAAACGGGUUGGAGACCGAUCAGAAUCAUGACUACUUCAGCUUGCAAGCAGAAACAUGUUCGCUUCAGGCAACAGAGCAAAAUGAUCAAUGUGAAACAGAGAGAACCCUACUCUCCAGUUCCAUCAAGGAAUGGGAUCAAAGUGGGAUGAAGCAGGAAGAUUUGGGGAAAAUGAUCCAUUGCUCCAAGGUCAAGAUCAGUCGCCACUCCUGCAAGGAUAUCUAUGACAGACGUUUGGUGCUCUUCCCAAACCACCUGCUUAUUCUCUCCGAAGACUUCCAUGGUUUCACUUAUCAGGGGAUGCUGCCUUUAGCGGGGAUCUCGGUGCACGCUGUGGACAGAUCGGGCGACACUUUAGGCCAGCGCCACGCAUUUCAAAUAACAGGCCCAUUGCUACACCCUUUUACUGUUUACUGCUCAACUAAAGAGGAAGUGAAGGAAUGGCUUUAUUACCUUGGAAGGCAGAGGCAUGAGAGCAGAAAGAUACCAGGAACAUCUCGGGUACCCACGUCGAGGAAUACUAAUAGCAACUCCCUGCGACUACGCCGUCAAAACGUGGACUGGAAGACUGUGGUGCUGAGCCAGUCGAUUCACGGAGGCGAGAGGACGCGCAUCGGCUCCCUGGGUGAGAUCAUCUGGAUAUCAGAAGCAUCGCUGCAGCAUUUACCUUCUCAGGAGAAACACGAUCGUCUCUUGGUCCUCUUCCCCGCAACGCUCCUCAUCCUGUCGCAGGAAGACCGUGCCCUUUAUUACAAGGGGGAGCUUUCUCUCAACGCUGUAACAAUAUCUGAACACGAAGCAUCAGAGAAUAAUUCAAGGACAUUGAUUAUCGAAGGUAGAAUGAUCAACCAGAUCGUGGUGACCUGCCCAAGUGGGACAGUGCAUCGGAGCCUCAUUCACCAGCUCCACUCCGCGGGGGUCACCGUCCACCAAUCCUCACCAUUCACUACGGGAGGGGGUGGUAAACGCUCGGUGCGAUGUAAAGACCAGUUUGCAGACAAGAGUAAUCCUUUGCUGGGAUCACAAGCAGUCGACAUCAGCCCGGGACAAGUGUACGGAGUCUUCACCUUUCCCAAAAAGCCGAUUGAAAUGAUCUCUGUCUCGGAGGAUCUCCCCGCGCUGGUUGCCGAGACGGAGCGGUGCCUCUCCCCUGACUAUUCCGAGCCCUACACUCCCCCGCCAUCACGACUCUCUGCACCGCCCGCCCAUUCGAUGCUCCCGCCCUUUGCAGACAAGCACAAGUCUUCACCUCUGCCGGCAUGGGGAGCCUCUAUGGUGCCAGCGGGCCGCAAGCUGCAUGCUUUGUCCCAGCCUCCACCCUUGCCCAGCGCUGCAUCGGACAAGCUGCUCGUGACGGGAAACCGCCGUUCCUUUGGCUACGCAGAACCAUUUGCCGCUCCGACGACAGAGGCGGCCGUUCCCGUGGACACGUUUACCCGCCCACACUCUAUCGACACCAGGGAUCCUUUAAUGAAUUGGGAACAAAAUACCAAUAGGACGUCGGGGUCCGAUAUCUCCCGGCCAUCUCGUGUCUCGUCACAACUCGGCAACACCACGGCUAACCAUGGUUUACCUGACGGUGAAUGUUUAAGCAACCCCCUGUCUCCAACCUACGCCGAGCCCUACAUGCCAUUUAAGCUACAACCAGCCCCACCAGCAAAACCCCUCUGGCUUCGAGAGCCUGUGAUCCGACACAGUUCUUCAUGCUUACCGGCCUGGGGGUGCGAUCAGGACCUGCCUCUGCGGAAGACCCUGGCUUUGUCACAGCUGCCCAGUUCCUCCAGCUGUGCUUUGAGGAGGGACCACUACUCGCUGAGAGCUGGCCAGCAGGCUGCCCCUUUACCACCAGUGUACGCCAAGCCCUUCGCAGCACGACUCUCCGCUGCGGCUACCUUCAAACAAGGUGAUUUAUCGAGUACGGACCAUUGGAGCAACAGGCGACCAUCAGCAGAGUCUAGACCAUCUCUGCCAUCGGGUUCUGGAUCAGAAAGCAGCUCCUGUGCACACGUGAAUGGGGAGCCCUCCUGUGAUCCCCUAUCUCCUAUGUAUGCUGAACCCUACCAUUCUUUCCAGUAUCAGUCAGUGCCUCUCCCGGACCACUUCUGGAUGAGGGAUGAAGUAUCCAGGGAAGGAAGUUCUGAGUUUCCUGUCCAUUGCUCCAAAGAUGACACCUCUGAAUAUUUUGCAAUUAUGGAAGUUUUAGAUAGCUACAGAGAAGAGAAGUCGUCUAACAGAUACAGUGACGACACCAGGUUCUCCUUCACCUCGUCUGAACCCACCUACGCAGAGCUCGAGAGCCCACAGACCGAUGGCGAUGACAGAUUCUGGGACUUCAAGCAGCAAAUAAUGCCCUGUCUCUCUCCCGCCACCCUCAGGAAGCUACACCAGCGGGGGGUGGCCGAGUCGAGGCAGCAAGGAAUGCUGCACAGAUGGUCGUGAAUGCCUUCCCGGAAACUGGAUCUGGCCAUAACCUUCGGAACCUACACUGCCCAGUCCUGGAGUAAUGUGAAGCUGCAACACUUGACCAAACCUGUGGUCACUCACCUAUGUUUAUUUCCACGUGUUUUCCCCAAGAGGUCCUUGAUGUGUCACUGGAAUACACGGAACGCUGAACACAGCACAGGAACAGGCCCUUCGGCCCGCGAUGUCCAUGCAAGCACGAUGCCGAGUUAAACGAAUCUCCCCUGCCUGCACAUGAUCCAUAUCCCACCAUUCCCUGCAUAUCCCUGUGCCUAUCUAAACGCUUCUUAAACAUCACUAUUGUGUCUGCUUCCAACCUAAGAACCAUUGUCAAUGCAGCACAGGAAAAGGCCCUAUGGCCUGACUUGCCCAUGCUGACCUAGCUACCCCAUCUACGCUAGUCCCACCUGAGCCAGAUCCCUCAAAAGCUUUCCUGUCUAUGUACCUGCCCAAAUAUCUUUUGACCUCCCCUGAGAGUGUGUUCCAGUCUUAGUGUAUAAACAGAAACUUGCCACCGACAUCUACUUUAAACAUUGCCUCUGUCACUGUACAGCUAAGCCCAUUGAGUCUUUGAUAUUUCUAACCUGAGGAACAACGGUUUUGUCCGUCUGCCCUGUCUGUGAUUCAAAGGCGUUGCGGGUCGCGACAACUUUCUUGUUUAUUGUUUCCUCGGUUCAUGUUUUAUUUGCUUCUAUCAGGUGUCCCCUCAACCUCCGGCAUUCCUGAGAAGGCACUUCCUGACGCAGAGUGUAAUACUGACCUAGACAUCUGCCUGCCAUAAAGUAGCUGAGGAUAGAGUUCCCUACACCUCUAGUCUGGUGAUUUUUUUUUUUUUUUAGUUGAGUUUAGUUUAUUAUCAAGGU